UUGAGAGCUCAGUCAUCCAAAAACGGCCUUUCAAUGUGAGAAGUUGGGGAGCCGAAGAAAAUGUCGGUCCCACCGCAGUAAAUUACUAAAGUAGCAGCGUUUCAGAGGGAAAAAGACACACAAAGUGUUUUUUGGGGAUUAAAAUUCUGCAGACAGUUGGUGGAAAAGCUUUGCUGAAAAAGUAGUGGGUUCACCUCCAAAUAGCGCACGCUUUGAGGAAGUGUAUGGAAGAUGUCGGGGAUGUUACCAUGGCGAAGGAGAGUUCGGCAGCUCUGUGUGUUGUGCGCAGCUCUGCUGUACUGCGUGCAGGACAUUGCUGCUAUCAGUGACGGCGAGGUGCCCGUGUUCAUGGAGGAGCCGCUCUCCGUGGUGCAGAAGCUGGGCGGCAGCGUGACCCUGCGAUGCAGCGCUCGCCCCGCCCGCACCCGCAUCAGCUGGAUCCUGAAUGGCCGGGAGCUGGUUGCCGGGGUUGAGGGGCCGGAACCUGAGGUACAGGUGCAGCCCGGCGGCCUGUUCAUCCCUGCGCUCUCCAACGGCACCCUGGGCCGGUACCAGUGUGUGGCCAGCACCAGCGUCGGGGCGCGUGCCAGUGUCCCUGCCAACGUCACCGCGGCCAAACUGCGAGACUUUGAGCCAGAUGACCAGCAGGAGAUCGAGGUGGACGAGGGGAACACUGCAGUGAUUGAGUGUCACGUGCCCGAGAGUCAGCCCCAGGCGCUGGUCCGCUACAGCGUCAAGCAGGAGUGGCUGGAGACGUCAAAAGGGAACUACCUCAUUAUGCCAUCGGGGAAUCUGCAGAUAGCCAAUGCCACACUGGAGGAUGAGGGGCCUUACAAAUGUGCUGCCUACAACCCCAUCACCCAGGAGAUCAAGACCUCCACCUCUACGGACCGCCUUCGUGUGCGCCGCUCCACCUCAGAGGCGGCCCGGAUCAUCUACCCGCCAGCGUCGCGCUCCAUGAUGGUGCGCAAGGGCCACCGGCUGGUGCUGGAGUGCGUGGCCAGUGGCACCCCGACCCCACAGGUCACGUGGGCCAAAGACGGGCUUGAGCUACGACCCCAUAACAACACCCACUUUCUGCUCAGCAACCUGCUGAUCGACGCAGUGAGCGAAGGUGACUCGGGCACGUACGCCUGCCACGCCCACAAUGGCAUGGGUGCACCCGGCACGGCCACUGUGCUCUACGAUGUGCAAGUGAUCGAGCCCCCUCAGGUGCGGGUGGAGCUGUUGCAGCAAGAGCCUGUGUGGGGCGACACGGUGCGCUUCUCCUGUCAGGUGCGGGGUAACCCCGCCCCCACUGUAGUCUGGCUCCACAACGCCCAGCCCCUCAGUCCAUCACCACGGCACCGACUCUCCCCACAGACACUGCGAGUGCUCAACGUGCAGUCCCAGGACGAUGGCGUCUACCAGUGCAUGGCCGAGAACUGGGUGGGCGGAGCUCAGGCCGCUGCACGCCUCCUCACUGUGCCUGCAGCGCCCUCACGCCAAGGCCGGCUGCCUCUCAUCCGCCCGCUCAGCCCGGACAAAGUCCUGCGGGAGCAGCCCGCGCCGCGGCCGGCCGGCCCCGGGCCCUCGGCGCCCGGCAGCUGCUCUGAGCUGCCGGGACGUGUGUCGCUGGCCGAGGCGCCCGUCAUCCUCAGCCAGCCGCGCACGGGGACGGCCGACUACUACGAGCUGGUCUGGGAGCCUCGGCACGAUGGCGGCGCGCCCGUUCUGGAGUACGUCAUCAAGUACAGGAAGGCUGGCGACUCUCUAGGUGAGUGGACCAUCAAAAACAUCUCAGGCUUCGAGCACAAGCUGACUCUUUCCAAACUGCAACCCGCCAGCCUGUACGAAGUGGAGAUGGCGGCUAGGAACUGUGCUGGGUUGGGGCAGCCUGCUAUGAUGACCUUCAGGACCGGCAAAGGGCGCAAAAGUGUAGGUGGAACAGUAGAGCGUCCCAAAACUCCUGUGGCACCAUCAAGGCUGAGUCCCCCUGAAGCUCCAGACAGACCCACUGUCACCACGGCAUCAGAGACGUCAGCCUAUGUGACGUGGAUCCCGCGUGGGAACCGAGGCUUUCCCAUCCAGUGCUUCCGCGUGGAGUACAAGAAACUGCGUAAGGACGGAGGAGGCGGAGGCAGUGAGUGGGAGGUAGCAGAGGACAACAUCUCCCCAUCACGCCUGUCGGUGCAGAUCAAAGGCCUGGAGAAAGGGACCUCAUAUAAGUUUCGCGUUUUGGCCGUGAACGUGUUGGGGGCGAGUCCUCCAAGCGCACCCUCGAAGGCCUACACAGUGAUGGGCAGCAGCCAGACCAACCCUCGGCCUGUUGAUGGCCCCUACAUCACUUAUUCGGAAGCCAUCAAUGAGACCACCAUCAUCCUGAAGUGGACCUACACACCAGUGAAUAACACCCCCAUCUAUGGCUUCUACAUCUACUACCGACCCACCGACAGUGAUAAUGACAGCGACUAUAAGCGGGAUGUAGUGGAGGGUGACCGAUACUGGCACGCCAUCACAAGCCUACAGCCUGAAACAGCCUAUGACAUUAAGAUGCAGUGCUUCAAUGAGGGAGGUGUGAGCGAGUUUGGCAAUGUUGUCAUCUUGGAAACCAAAGCUCGGCUGAACCAGAAACACACCACCCCGGAGACGUCCUCACACCGCCCCGAAUCCGGAGGCCCUGUGCCACGUCCCAGCGACCUCCCUUAUCUCAUUGUGGGAGUGGUUGUGCUGGGGGCACUCGUCUUCAUCAUCGUAGCCUUCAUCCCGUUCUGCUUGUGGAGAGCCUGGGCCAAGCAGAAACAAACUUCAGAUAUGUGCUUUCCAGCUGUGGCAGGGCCUCUGUCAUCCUGCCAGUAUACUAUGGUACCACUGCAGGGUAUGACACUAGUAGGGCACUGCCCGCUAGACUCCCAUGUGGCCCCUAACCGCACUGUCUAUGCACCCAAAGCAGAGUACACCGCCAAUGGGAAAAACCACCCACACUGCCUCCCUGGACUGCACCUAGAGGACACAGAUUGUGAAAUGGAGUGCGGCACCCUCUUGCCGCAAACACUUUCCAAUGGACACCCACGUGCCUUUCACUACUUCAACGGUGCUCCUGCCCAUGCAGAAGAGGAGAGCUGUUGUGAACCUGACGACUCGACCCUGGAGCUCCUCAGCCCAUCUGCGGAGCAUCGUGACCCCAUGCUGAAUCAUGCGCUCAGCAGGACAUUGCACUUGGAGGAAGAGACAACGCCCGGCCUACUGCUAUUAGCAGCAGCAGAGGACACAGGCAUCACGCCAGCACUGCAUGAUGCAGUGCAGCAGGAAGUCAGCUAGAUGAGUGAGGACCACGGGAUGGGUGAAACAAAACAAAAAGAAUAGAAAACAGAACAGAGAAAGUAUUUAUUUUUGUAUAACAGAUACUAUAUUUAUAUAUUUAUGCUGUGUAAAUAGUAAAGUUUUGUUAUGCUGUACAUAUGGAUUGUUUAUAUCAUAUAAACUGUAUGACCAUGUUUGCUUGUCACCACCAGAACAAAGGGAGUUCCUAACACAAGAAAAACAUUUCUGAUCAAUAGUUUGGCAUUUCCUAACCUCUAGAAAUGUAUAGAUUGGAAUGGUUAGAAACUAGAAGCAGUAUUGUUAAUGCUUCAUGGGGGGAAACUAUCUUUAAGAAUGCUAUGGUGUAGAGAGCUUAAGCAAAACACAAUUUACUUAUGAACGUAUUGGAAACAAUACUUCACAUGUUGUGUUUUGUUUUGAUUGUAAGUCUGCCUAAAUUUCUCACUAAGUGAAAUGUGCUUAUUGGUGGUGGUAGGCUUCUUGGUGCAGUGUCCAACAGUUUUGUACAUAUAUCACCAAGAAAUAUGUAUUUCAUCAUUAACAAAGUAUUAACAAGUGUAUACAAUGUAUAAGCACUCAGCCUUUAGUAAUAUUGACUGAAUAUUUUUAACAACUGAAUGGGAAACCUGGAAUGAACACACCUACCUUAGAAUAUACUGUUUUUUAGAUCGUUGACUGAUCUAGGAGCUGCUACCUAGAGACUGAAACAAGCGAUAGCAUUUUUGCUGCCAAUCUCUCAUUCUUGGAUAAGAUAGAAAUUACUUUUCUCAAGGGUAUUUGAGGCUGUACCAUCCAAGCUAUUUAAGAACUUACUUUAAAAAAAUUGCUGCAUUUGUCAAUGACAAUUUUAGCAGCUGAUAUUUGAUCUUAUAAUGACCGUUAAAUGAAAUACAGACACAAGCAUUGUAAAUCUAGUUCCUUUAAGUGAUGUUUAGUCCUGGAGAUCUUACUUACCAGUGGACUGUACAUGAAACCAACAAUACUGCAUCAGUAUUAGCCUUCUUGCAGAAUGCUGAAUUAUGAAAUAAUGAAGGAAAACAUGAAUCUGACUAAUUUUAGAAGUGUAUGUAGCCUAGCUAUUUUGGUUACAAUGCGUUAAGCACUAUUGCAUGUAAAUAAAGCUAAAGAAACCA